AGGCAGAGGAAGGUCUGAGGGAGAUUUUACCACGGGAAGACAGAGCACAGAGCCUGGAGGGGCCCACCUGCCCUGGGCCAUGGACGUCGGAGAAAUGCAGCUCGGGCCUACCCACGCCGCGGGCCUCUCUCAGGAAGAAUUGGAGCAGAUGCGGUGGUAUUACAGGACGGAGGAUCCCACCCCUUGGAACUACUCAAUGCUGGUCCUCGCCUGUUUGGUUUUGGUGAUAGGACUCUCUCUCCUGGGAACUAACAUCAGGAACAACAGAAAUCGGAAGACACGGGCAAGAGAGAAGCAACGGGAGAAGGCGUAUCCCCAGAGCUGCUCUGAGCCUUCUAAGGACAGCGAAGACUUAAAUAACGUAAAAGAAGGUUUCCUUUCGGAAGAGCCAACGCCGGACCGGGUGAUCGAGUUGAAGGAGAAACAAUUGACCGGUGUUAACGAGGAAUCAACGGAAGCAGAUGUCUAGUGAGAGUUGAAGGGGUUUGACAAACAGAAACCGGAGCAACAUUCUACACACCAAGCCAGUUCCACAGCCGGGCACUUUGAAGGGCCGAAAUCUCCAGCUUGACGUGAAUUUGAUGGCGUUUGUGGCCUUUUUUUAGACUGUGAGCCCACUGUUGGGUAGGGACUGUCCCUAUAUGUUGCAACUUGUACUUCC